GUACUGUGUUUUUUUGCUGUCUUUUAUUAAGCGAGUGACAGGAGGAGGCAGAAGUUUGUUUUGUUUUGUUUUGUAGCUUCUUUAUCAUGGAGGCUCGGGCUCAUUUCUGCCGAGAAGAGAUCAACAAUACGGUGUGGGAGGUCCCGGAGAAAUACACCCGGCUCAAACAGGUCGGAACCGGGGCGUACGGCUCGGUGUGCUCGUCGAUAAAUGAGAAGACUAAAGAGAAAGUGGCCAUCAAGAAGCUCCACAGGCCUUUCCAGUCCGAGAUCUUCGCUAAGAGAGCUUAUCGAGAGCUCCGAUUACUCAAACACAUGAAGCAUGUGAAUGUGAUAGGACUUAUGGAUGUGUUUACACCUGCCUCAACCUUGGAUGAUUUCCAGGACUUUUACCUGGUGAUGCCUUACAUGUUCACUGACCUGUCGAAGGUGAGAGGUCACCUCGCCGAAGACAAAGUCCAGUUUCUCGUCUAUCAAAUGCUCUGUGGACUCAGGUAUAUUCACAAGGCAGGGAUCAUCCACAGGGAUCUUAAGCCUGGAAACUUGGCUGUUAAUCAAGACUGUGAACUCAAGAUCCUGGACUUCGGGCUGGCCCGCAGUACCGACGCAGAGAUGACGGGCUACGUGGUGACCCGUUGGUACCGGGCGCCUGAGGUCAUUCUGAACUGGAUGCACUACACCCAGACUGUGGAUAUUUGGUCUGUGGGCUGCAUCAUGGCUGAAAUGAUCAACGGAAAAACCCUUUUCAAAGGGAAAGACUACAUGGACCAGCUGACUCAGAUUAUGAAAGUGAACGGAGUCCCAGGACCAGAGUUUAUACAAAAGCUUGAUAGUCCAGAGGCCAAAAGUUAUAUUAAGAACCUUCCACGCUAUCCAAGAAAAGACUUCUCUACGUUGUUUCCCAAAGCCAGUGAACAGGCUGUCGAUCUGCUUGAAAAGAUGUUGGUUCUGGAUGGGGAUGAUAGGCCCACUGCCGAAAUGGCUCUGGAGCACCCGUACUUCGACAGUUUACGGGACCCAGAAGACUUUCCCGAGCCUACGCCGUAUGAUGACUCUCACGAUAACGCAACAAUGUCCCUGGACGAGUGGAAGAGGUUAUGUUUCAAAGAGGUAAAAAGCUUCGUGCCGUUCCCACGGCGGGACUCCAAGAGAAAAAACACUCUGACCAUGUCUCCAUGAUCUGAUGAACUUGAUGUACCUCCUGACCCCCCCAUCCCCCAACUCCCACAGCAGACAGCCAACGGUGCCCUUGUAAAUUCUUCAUCACACUAUUUCUUUUAUUCUUCAGGUAUUUAGAAUUUAAACCAGUGCUGACAAUUGUGGUUUAUCUUAAAACUGCCCCCCCUUUUUUUUGUAAUGUGAAAAAAAAAUCUUAAAUGUAAAUUGUUACAUAUUCUUGAUCAGUGUUGCAAAUGAUUUGUGACCAAAUGCUACAAGGUUUCCCGUAAGGUUUAAUGUAAAACUGGUUUCCAAUUAAAUGAUAAGACAAGUUGUG